AUGGGAUACAGAACUUCAUCUGGUGCUACACCCGAGAAUAUAAUCCACCCAUCGACCGACCCAAAUGCAUCUUUCGUAGGACCAAACGGCUACGCGAACAGCAAAUACAUCUCGGAACUUCUUAUCUCUUACGCAUCAGAUAAGUUUCCACCUCAUGGGUAUAAAUUUUCCCUCGCAAUAGUCAGUCGGAUAGCCGGUCCAGUAAGAUCUAAAGGGAUUUGGGAAAAGACGGAGUGGUUUCCAAGUCUCAUUCUUAGUUCUAUACAUAUAGGUUGUAUUGCCAGCUCUCUAGGUUCGAGUCUUGGAAGAAUCGACCGGGUACCGGUAGAUUUACUUGCAGAUAUCAUCACAGACUUGGCUCUGGCCAAUCAUGUCCAAAAUGAGGGGAGAAUGGUUCAGGUCUUUCAUCCUUUGAAUCCCAAUCCCAAAUCCUGGGAAGACAUCCGAGAGGAGCUGGUCAUGGAUUUGAGUUCUAUUUCUGGCAAAUCGAUCGACGUCGUUCCACUCGAUGUCUGGAUCGCAAAAGUUAGGCAAGAUGUGGAGCUCAAAGCAGGAGCUGGGACUAUUUUGAAGGACGGAGAAUUAGAUGAGACCCUGAAAAAUAAUUCCGCGGCCAAACCGUUAGAGUUCUACGAAGGUGUGCUUGGAGAUGGCGAGGAAAGUAAUGUUUCGGAAAUGGAAGAGACUAAGAAAGCAAGUAAGGUUUUGAAAGAUCUAGAGGGUGUGAAAAGGGAGUGGAUUGCUAAGUGGAUUUCUGAGUGGGUGGGUAUUUGA